AUGAAAGACUUCAUGGAUUUCGAGCCCGUACUCCAAAUGUUGCCUUUUAAUUUUGCUCCAAUAACAACAGCUUCAAAUUUUUCGCACUCAAAACUAGAGCAGUUACUCUCUCAUUUCGGUGUUUAUCGUCAAGGUCUUUGGAAAUAUGAGUUCUGUCACAUGUCACAUUCGCCAUGUUUCCAGAUCUCUCCAGGUGCUGAUCUUUUUCUUUUCUCCGAAUUGUGGACUGCAACUACCAUAGAUGUGGAGGAUUUUCCUCCUAUUAAUUGGUCUCCAUCUUCGUCUUCCACAUCUUAUGAAGAUGCGCUUAUUCGAGCAUAUGUUUCUCCGUCACUUGCAAUCAUUAUGAGUCUACCUCCAUCAUUUGAUUCCCCUGCUCCAGAUCUUCAAGAGCCUACUUUGGUAAAUGUGAAUCUGCGUGAUUGGCUUGACUAUUACAAGUGGCGAGGUCUCUGUUCCCGUGACGAUGAAAAUCUUACUAACCCUUUAGCCUUAUUACUACAUUGGCCUCUCACUCUUUAUCAUAUAGCAGCACAUAAACUCCCAUGCAUAAAUCCUUUCUGUAUUCCAAAAAUUCUGAUUAAUCGGAAGUUGAUUAUACAUGUGAUCGGAGUUGAAAAGGAACUCUCUCUCUUACCGGUUUUCAAAGAACUCGACCACUUGUUCAAAUCACAACUACGAAUAUACAUCUACUUUAUUGGUCGACAUUUCGAUGCUGCAGUAGACAAAACGGUAUAUCAUCUUUCUUCACGAUUGUCUAUAAGUGUUUGGAGUGGUUUGUAUCAUGAAUUUCUACAUGCUCGAAAGAUGACAGGUGAAACUCCUGACUUAAUUAUUGACUAACAGUUGUGUCGGAUAGUGCUGUUCAAUUUCGCUGCUCCUCUUCAAAGUUGUUACCGAUGACAUUCUUCAGACAACUUUGAAGUGAUAUAGAUUUUCACUCGACCCUGAAUAAGCAGAUGAUGUUUGACAAUGCUCCAACAUGCAAGUUACUCAUUUCAUGCUUCACUGGCGUUGACAUGCAUUACGACUGUCGUUCCAGCAGCCUCCACACUGUUUACUAUUCGCCUGCUCUAUGACUGGUUAAAAGAAGCAGAAAAAUGGUCAGCUUAUACCUUGGGGUCAUAGGACGAAGGAUAGUCACGUUGUAUCAGUUUCUGUUGAUUACUGACAACUCUCUGGACGAGAUUCAAGCGAUCACAUGACUCCGUGGUUUAAAAUGAUAGCAGACUUGACUCAGUACGAAACCGGUGAUUACCGUGCUGCACCUCUAUUGUUUCUUCUAUUGUUGAAAAAUAAAAGGAAAGUAGUGAAUGCUCUUUCGAAUGAAUACCUUGGACUUUUUUUCAUUUUAACCCAUUUUUAUUUCGCUUCUGAACUUUUUUCGUUUCCACUUUUACAUAUCACUGUUCUAUCUUCAUAAUGUUCUGUAAUAUUGAUCUCUGGUACUUUGAAGAUCCCUAUAGAUCAUAAAUAUCCAGUCCAUAGUUGUUGCAAUAAUUCUGCAAUAAUUUGAGUCCCGAGCCUGAUUUAAUUAUUGGUGUAGUUCCAGAAUCUACAUUCUGCAGAAAAAGCUGUAGCAUGCACAGCGUAAUGUUCAUAAAAAUCUUGUUUUGAUUACAUUAACAUGCUGAGAUUAUAUUAAAAAUUACUUUUAUUAGCCCCCUAGAUUAUUCAAAACAAUUGUUUUCAGUAGCUUCCCCCUGAGAUCCACUUCUUCC